UCAACAAAGAGUCGAGCUUGUGAUCACGAGCAAGAUGGCACCCCCGAAGGACGCCCAGACUCCUGUAAACCCUAAUGCGCCGGCGCAGUCGACGUUCACGUGGUACAGGGUUCUAGCGGUUAUCGUCGUCUUCCUUGCGUCAACGCAAACGGGCUUCACCAACACCUUCAUCGGAAAAGCUGUUGUCAACUUCGCCAACUGCGUCGCGUACGACCAAAAGCAAACCAUGGGGGGCUGCCUGAGCAACGUGAUCGGCGAGAUCUUCGGGACUAACAAGGCUUCGGGGUCGUCACAGAACGCGCCCGUCACAGGGACAGCGCCAAAUUAUGGGAGCACGGGAGUGCACCCACCGGAAAACCUCCCGAACAAGGUGUUCGACGAGAACGACAGGCCGCAGCAUCACUAUGAUGAACAUGGGGCACGGAUCUUCCCCGACGCGAUAAUACACAGGGAAGAGGCCGAUUACCAGGCUAAACUCCGGUCAUCUAAGCUCGCGGAGUCCCAGAAGGCGUACCAGGCCGGUCACAAGGCUAACGCCCAUGAGCUGUCGGUAGAGGGGAAGAAGCACGGACAUUUGAUGGAGGCGGCCAACAAAAAAGCUGCGGAGGCCAUCAUCAAGCCUCAGAACUCCGAAAAAACGGGAGUGCUUGACCUGCACGGCCUGUAUGUAGCGGAGGCUACGGAGGCUACGGCCUCUUUCCUCCACUUUCAGAAGAAAGCCAAGAAGUUCAGGGAGGUGGAGGUCAUCACGGGUGCGGGACACCAUAGCCAAGGGCAUCAGGCUAAGAUCAGGCCAGCCGUCGAAAAGCUCAUCAGCGGCAUGGAUCUGCCCUACCACAACCCACCCCACAACGACGGCGCGUUCAUCGUAGAGAUGUACUCUAACCAAGACCUCGUGGACCAGAUGUAA